CGUUCUUCACCAUAACCACACCGUCGCGCCCAUCGUUCCUUCUUUGCCUGGCCCGUCCCUCCGUCGCAGUCGAUAUUGUGCUCUUGCUCUUUCGCCGCAUCAACAUCCAUUGCCCGAUUCGCUUCCAGCUUGCCGGCCGACACGAGCCUCCGUCGCAAUCAGGCAGCUCCUAAUCCAUACCAUCACCACUCCGCCGCACCGCCGCACCGCCGCACCGCCCACCACAUACAUACAUACCCUCCCGACAACCUCUCGGCACGCAUCUCCGCCCGCACGAACAGCGUCAGUCACGCCUGCUUGUCCGUUUUCAACAGCAUCGUGUCAGACCCUCUGCCAGGCGCCAGAUUCACGCGACCCCCGACCUAUCCAUCCCAUCCCUUGGCACCCUCUUCUGCCACGCCUGCAUCGCCAUUCUGUACACACCACUUCUUGUCUGGGAAACGGCAGAGCGACGUCAGCGACUCUUGAUCAUAACCGCCACUUCUGCACUCUCAUCUUCCGGCGGCAUUUUUCGACAAAGGCCUGCCCAUUGUCGCCGCAGCUGGCUCGACCACCUUGAAAGAGCAACAUCUCUUUGUAAUCUUGUAAUUUGUACCUUACAUCACGCCGUGUGCUUUGAGACACCGGCCUAAUCUGGCUUUCCUCGACACGAAGCCUCCCGCCAGCGUCUGCCUAAUCUGCUACUUGUGAACGAUUUCUCUUUCGCCAGCUGCGAAAUACAUCUUCCACUGCAGCUCUUCUUGACAUCAGCACGGCUCGAAACUUUCCGGUCUUCACGCAUUAUCAGGAUUUAACGAUACAAACUAUGAGCAUUGACGCAGGCGGUCUUGCUCAAAUGACUUACAACAACCAAAAUAACGGCUUCCCAAAUGGCCUCGGUCUCCCACCAGCUUCUUCCGGCUUUGGCGCCCGGUCGCGUCUCAACAACAAGAGGCUGAGCGUGGCGCUGCCUCCCAAAGUGGCCCCUAUCAACGAGAAUCCUACUGUCGAUGACCCUACUCCUCGGACCAGUCGAUCGCACCUGCUUGCAGGACUUAGGACCCAGCCAAAAGCUCCUGGAGCUCCAGCCUCGGCUCCUUACCAUCAGACCCACUACUCCAUGUCUGGUCUGGGUGGCCCCAAGUGGGCGGAGCAGACUUACAAUGGAUACGGGCAACGCCUUCCACAGACUGCUUCCGCAGCCAGCUUCGAUCUGCCAUCCCAGUAUGCCUCGAACGCUGGCCGCCAGAUGUACUCGCUCCCAGAACAAGUUCUAGCUCCGCCUUCAGUGUAUGAGCAGGCUGAGGAUGUUGAUCCUCAGGUCCUGCAGCAGAUGCAGUUGCAUAGUCUCUACCUGGCCCAGCGCCAGCAGCAGCUCCAGCAGCAGCUGGCGAGCAUCACUGCUGCAACUCAGAACAUGAGCAUGAACGGCCGUGCAUCUUUCCACCAGGGCCAGAUGACCCCGCUCACCACGCAAAAUUUCUACGUUCAGCCGCAGCAACCGCAGCAGAUUCAAUCUCCAAUUGAGGUUCCAGGACAACCAGGCGUCUAUCUUGUUUACAAUCCAGCCACCCAAGGCUACACGUACGCGGUCGAUCAAAAUUAUCAGCAGCAGGCCCAGCAGAUCGCCUCCCCAGUUCAACAGGCUCAGAUGAAUCCUUUCUCCCCGACCAAUGUUGAGCCAUCCGCUGAUAGAUUCAACAACUUUACACCACCGGCCACUGAGCGCUCCACGCCUUAUGGCGGUCGGUCCUUUACUCCACCCAAGAAAGCCCCGUCUCCUCCUUCCGCUGUCGACGCCGUGGAGCCGCUUCCACCGCCAUCCGCCAAUGCAUUCCGUCGUGGUCAAGGCCAUAAAAAGUCCUCUUCCCUAUCGAUCAGUUCCUUCUCGAACAUUGCAGAUGGACCAAAGACCUCGAGCGCCGCCACGUUCGGCUCUCAGCGCAGCGUGAUCCCACCUACUCCAAUGACUGGCACGUUCGGUCCUGGCGCCGCCCGCGCCGGCGAACAUCCAACGCGCCAGCCCCGAGGUCCCCCGCCAUUUGAAGAGCUCUCUGCCGCUCCCACGAGUCUGCACGAAGGCAGCAAGAAUUUCGCCACUCGUCAACGCCGUCGGGCUCUGGAUAGUCUUAUGAAGGCCGGCACGGUUCGUCGCGGAGCUUCGCGAUCUCCCGGAGGGAGCCCUGUUAGCGAGGCUGAGUACGACUUUCAAGCUGCGAAGAUGAGCCCGAUCGGUUCCGAGAUGAAGGAGAAGCGUAGUAGCCGAGGCUCUGCUGAUGGAUACUUCGGCUUGAGCUCAGCCUCCAGCAGUGAGGGUGAAGACAUGGGCAUUUACAAGAACCCGCCUACUCCAGCGGCUCCGGGAUCUGGCGGCGGUGAGCGCAAGAAGAUGAUGUUGGGUGUGCUCAACGCGGCUGAGAAGCGCAGAAGCCACAUCGUGUAGAUUGGAAGUCUUCUUGACACUCACUCGGCUCACGACUUUCUUGGUUGGACAUCACGCUUUGUACGAUUCUUCGGGGACCUUGGAUUGCUCAAUGCACUUGGACAGCGAAGGGAUGGAUUGGAUUCGGUGGUAUUUUUUCACAAAUUAUUUUCAGCACAGCUCUCGGCACGUUGACCGCUGCGCGAGUGCCCGUGCUCUGAAGCUGUUCUCUGUGAAAACAUCUUCAUCAUGCGAGCAUAUUUCUCCUCCCUGCGAGGAUCGCAGAUUUGCUCUGAUUACGGCCGCUUACGACUGGAACAAACCAAAUUACACACUCAUUCUUGCAACAUACUUUAUUUCUGUAGCCACGUCAGGAACUUGACGUUGCCCUUCUUUCUGGUCCUUGAUCGGGAAUGAGAUUGUAUUCAAGCUCGGUACUGCCGAAAGGCAAGAUGUACCGUUGCCGCUUCAACGGCGCCGACUAUUGAGCCUGAGAAGGAUAGUCAGUUGAAAUGACGGCAGUUUUUGGUACUUGACCUGGAUAGCACAGAAGGAAUUGGAAAUGAAAAGUAUCAUACCCAUG